CCAGACUCUUCAGAAUUCUUUGUGAGGUGAUAACCAGCCACAGAGAAGCAGCAAGAUGGGUGAUGCCCAGAUGGAGGAAUAUGGGGCAGCGGCCCAGUACCUCCGCAAGUCAGAUAAGGAGCGUCUAGAGGCCCAGACCCGGCCCUUUGACAUCCGCACUGAGUGCUUUGUGCCUGACGAUAAGGAGGAGUUUGUCAAGGCCAAGAUCAUAUCCAGGGAAGGUGGCAAGGUCACUGCUGAGACCGAGAACGGCAAGACAGUGACAGUGAAGGAGGACCAGGUGAUGCAGCAGAACCCGCCCAAGUUCGACAAGAUCGAGGACAUGGCCAUGCUGACCUUCCUGCACGAGCCCGCCGUGCUCUUCAACCUCAAGGAGCGCUACGCGGCCUGGAUGAUCUACACCUACUCAGGUCUCUUCUGUGUCACCGUCAACCCCUACAAGUGGCUGCCGGUGUACAAUGCGGAGGUUGUGGCUGCCUACCGGGGCAAGAAGAGGAGUGAGGCACCGCCCCACAUCUUCUCCAUCUCAGACAACGCCUAUCAGUACAUGCUGACAGAUCGGGAGAACCAGUCCGUUCUCAUCACUGGAGAAUCCGGGGCAGGGAAGACUGUGAACACGAAACGUGUCAUCCAGUAUUUUGCCAGCAUUGCAGCCAUAAGUGACCGUGGCAAGAAGGACAGUGCCAAUGCAAACAAGGGCACACUGGAAGACCAGAUCAUCCAGGCCAACCCUGCCCUGGAGGCCUUCGGCAACGCCAAGACCGUACGGAAUGACAACUCCUCCCGAUUCGGGAAAUUCAUCAGGAUCCACUUUGGAGCCACUGGAAAGCUGGCUUCUGCAGACAUAGAGACUUAUCUCCUAGAGAAGUCCCGAGUGAUCUGCCAGCUCAAGUCUGAGAGGAACUACCACAUCUUCUACCAGAUCCUGUCCAACAAGAAGCCAGAGUUGAUGGACAUGCUGCUGGUCACCAACAACCCCUAUGACUACGCCUUCGUGUCUCAGGGAGAGGUGUCUGUGGCUUCCAUUGAUGACUCUGAGGAGCUCCUGGCCACAGAUAGCGCCUUUGACGUGCUGGGCUUCACUGCUGAGGAGAAAUCCGGUGUCUACAAGCUGACCGGAGCCAUCAUGCACUACGGAAACAUGAAGUUCAAGCAGAAGCAGCGGGAGGAGCAGGCAGAGCCUGAUGGCACCGAAGAUGCCGACAAGUCCGCCUACCUCAUGGGGCUGAACUCAGCCGACCUGCUCAAGGGGCUGUGCCACCCUCGGGUGAAAGUGGGCAAUGAGUAUGUCACCAAAGGGCAGAGCGUGCAGCAGGUGUACUACUCCAUUGGGGCACUGGCCAAGUCAGUGUACGAGAAGAUGUUCAACUGGAUGGUGGUACGGAUCAACGCCACCCUGGAGACCAAGCAGCCGCGCCAGUACUUCAUUGGAGUCCUGGACAUCGCCGGCUUUGAGAUCUUUGAUUUCAACAGCUUCGAACAGCUCUGCAUCAACUUCACCAAUGAGAAGCUGCAGCAGUUCUUCAACCACCACAUGUUCGUGCUGGAGCAGGAGGAGUACAAGAAGGAGGGCAUUGAGUGGGAGUUCAUUGACUUUGGCAUGGACCUGCAGGCCUGCAUCGACCUCAUUGAGAAGCCCAUGGGCAUCAUGUCCAUCCUGGAGGAGGAGUGCAUGUUCCCCAAGGCCACAGACACGACCUUCAAGGCCAAACUGUACGACAACCACCUGGGCAAAUCCAACAACUUCCAGAAGCCUCGCAAUGUCAAGGGGAAGCAGGAAGCCCACUUCUCCCUGGUCCACUAUGCUGGCACCGUGGACUACAACAUCCAGGGCUGGCUGGAGAAGAACAAAGACCCACUGAAUGAGACCGUGGUGGGCUUGUACCAGAAGUCCUCCCUCAAGCUCCUGGCCACACUCUUCUCUUCAUAUGCAGGCGCUGAUGCUGCGGAGAGCAGUAAAAGCAAAGGAAGCAAGAAAAAGGGCUCAUCCUUUCAGACAGUGUCAGCCGUCCACAGGGAGAAUCUGAACAAGCUGAUGACCAACCUGAAGACCACCCACCCUCACUUCGUGCGGUGCAUCAUCCCCAAUGAACGGAAGGCUCCAGGGGUGAUGGACAACCCCCUGGUCAUGCACCAGCUGCGUUGCAAUGGCGUGCUGGAGGGCAUCCGCAUCUGCAGGAAGGGCUUCCCCAACCGCAUCCUCUAUGGGGACUUCCGGCAGAGGUAUCGCAUCCUGAACCCAGCGGCCAUCCCUGAAGGGCAGUUCAUUGACAGCAGAAAAGGGGCAGAGAAGCUGCUAGGUUCCCUGGACAUUGACCACAACCAGUACAAGUUUGGCCACACCAAGGUGUUCUUCAAGGCGGGGCUGCUGGGGCUGCUGGAGGAGAUGCGAGAUGAGAGGCUGAGCCGCAUCAUCACCCGAAUUCAAGCCCAGGCCCGGGGCCAGCUCAUGCGCACUGAGUUCAAGAAGAUCGUGGAGCGCAGGGAUGCCCUUCUGGUAAUCCAGUGGAACAUUCGGGCCUUCAUGGGGGUCAAGAACUGGCCCUGGAUGAAACUGUACUUUAAGAUCAAGCCUCUGCUGAAGAGCGCAGAGACAGAGAAGGAGAUGGCCAACAUGAAGGAGGAGUUUGGACGCAUCAAAGAAGCGCUGGAGAAGUCUGAUGCUCGCCGCAAGGAGCUGGAGGAGAAGAUGGUGUCCCUGCUGCAGGAGAAGAAUGACCUACAGCUCCAAGUGCAGGCGGAACAAGACAACCUCAAUGAUGCAGAAGAGCGCUGUGACCAGCUGAUCAAGAACAAGAUCCAGCUGGAGGCCAAGGUGAAGGAGAUGACUGAGAGGAUGGAGGACGAGGAAGAGAUGAACGCUGAGCUCACUGCCAAGAAGCGUAAGCUGGAAGACGAAUGCUCUGAGCUCAAGAAGGACAUUGAUGACCUGGAACUGACAUUGGCCAAGGUGGAGAAAGAGAAGCACGCAACAGAGAACAAGGUGAAGAACCUGACAGAGGAGAUGGCUGGGCUGGACGAAAUCAUCGUCAAACUGACCAAGGAGAAGAAAGCUCUGCAAGAGGCCCACCAGCAGGCCCUGGAUGACCUUCAGGCUGAAGAGGACAAGGUCAACACACUGACCAAGUCUAAGGUCAAGCUGGAGCAGCAGGUGGAUGAUCUGGAGGGAUCCCUGGAGCAGGAGAAGAAAGUGCGCAUGGACCUGGAACGAGCAAAGCGGAAGCUGGAGGGUGACCUGAAGCUGACCCAAGAGAGCAUCAUGGACCUGGAGAAUGACAAGCUGCAGCUGGAAGAAAAGCUCAAGAAGAAGGAGUUUGACAUUAGUCAGCAGAACAGUAAGAUCGAGGAUGAGCAGGCACUGGCCCUUCAGCUGCAGAAGAAACUGAAGGAAAACCAGGCACGCAUCGAGGAGCUGGAGGAGGAGCUGGAGGCUGAACGCACUGCCAGGGCCAAGGUAGAGAAGCCGCUGCGCAAGAAGCACGCUGACAGUGUGGCCGAGCUGGGCGAGCAGAUUGACAACCUGCAGCGUGUGAAGCAGAAGCUGGAGAAGGAGAAGAGCGAGUUCAAGCUGGAGCUGGACGACGUCACCUCCAACAUGGAGCAGAUCAUCAAGGCCAAGGCAAACCUGGAGAAGGUGUCUCGGACGUUGGAGGACCAGGCCAACGAGUACCGCACUAAGCUGGAAGAAGCCCAACGCUCCCUCAACGAUUUCACCACCCAGCAAGCCAAGCUACAGACUGAGAAUGGUGAGCUGUCUCGGCAACUGGAAGAAAAGGAAGCGCUGAUCUCCCAGCUGACCCGAGGGAAGCUAUCCUACACCCAGCAAAUGGAGGACCUCAAGAGGCAGCUGGAGGAGGAGGGCAAGGCAAAGAAUGCCCUGGCCCACGCGCUACAGUCAGCCCGGCAUGACUGCGACCUGCUCCGGGAGCAGUAUGAGGAGGAGACAGAGGCCAAGGCAGAGCUGCAGCGCGUCCUGUCCAAGGCCAACUCGGAGGUGGCCCAGUGGAGGACCAAGUAUGAGACAGACGCCAUCCAGCGGACCGAGGAGCUCGAGGAGGCCAAGAAGAAGCUGGCCCAGCGACUACAGGACGCUGAGGAGGCUGUGGAGGCCGUCAAUGCCAAGUGCUCAUCCCUGGAGAAGACCAAGCACCGGCUGCAGAACGAGAUCGAGGACCUGAUGGUGGAUGUGGAGCGCUCCAACGCGGCCGCUGCAGCCCUGGACAAGAAGCAGAGGAACUUCGACAAGAUCCUGGCUGAAUGGAAGCAGAAGUAUGAGGAGUCGCAGUCGGAGCUGGAGUCCUCACAGAAGGAGGCUCGCUCUCUCAGCACAGAGCUCUUCAAGCUCAAGAACGCCUAUGAGGAGUCCCUGGAGCACCUGGAGACCUUCAAGAGGGAAAACAAGAACCUUCAGGAGGAGAUCUCUGACCUGACUGAGCAGCUGGGAGAAGGAGGAAAGAAUGUGCAUGAGCUGGAGAAGGUCCGCAAGCAGCUGGAGGUGGAGAAGCUAGAGUUGCAGUCGGCCCUGGAGGAGGCCGAGGCCUCCCUGGAGCACGAGGAGGGUAAGAUCCUCCGGGCACAGCUGGAGUUCAACCAGAUCAAGGCAGAGAUCGAGCGGAAGCUGGCUGAGAAGGAUGAGGAGAUGGAGCAGGCCAAGCGCAACCACCAGCGGAUGGUGGACUCGCUGCAGACCUCCCUGGAUGCAGAGACACGCAGCCGCAAUGAGGCCUUGCGUGUGAAGAAGAAGAUGGAGGGCGACCUCAAUGAGAUGGAAAUCCAGCUCAGCCAGGCUAACAGGAUAGCCUCAGAGGCCCAGAAGCACCUGAAGAUUGCCCAAGCUCAUCUAAAGGACACCCAGAUCCAGCUAGAUGACUCGGUCCGGGUCAACGAUGACCUGAAGGAGAACAUCGCCAUCGUGGAGCGGCGCAACACCCUGCUCCAGGCCGAGCUGGAGGAGCUGCGGGCUGUGGUGGAGCAGACAGAGAGGUCUCGGAAACUGGCCGAGCAGGAAAUCAGACAAUAAAGUCUACACUAGAUAAUUUUCUCUGCCCAUAUCUAGAACACCAGCCUCAUCAACCAGAAGAAGAAGAUGGAGUCGGAUCUGACCCAACUCCAGUCAGAAGUGGAGGAGGCGGUGCAGGAGUGCAGGAACGCUGAGGAGAAGGCCAAAAAGGCCAUCACGGAUGCCGCCAUGAUGGCAGAGGAGCUGAAGAAGGAGCAGGACACCAGCGCCCACCUGGAACGCAUGAAGAAGAACAUGGAACAGACCAUUAAGGACCUGCAGCACCGGCUGGACGAGGCUGAGCAGAUCGCCCUCAAGGGCGGCAAGAAGCAGCUGCAGAAGUUGGAGGCCCGGGUGCGGGAGCUGGAGAAUGAGCUGGAGGCCGAGCAGAAGCGCAAUGUGGAGUCAGUCAAAGGCAUGAGGAAGAGUGAGCGGCGCAUCAAGGAGCUCACCUACCAGACUGAAGAGGACAAGAAGAACCUGCUGCGGCUGCAGGACCUGGUGGACAAGCUGCAGCUGAAGGUCAAGGCCUACAAGCGCCAGGCGGAGGAGGCGGAGGAGCAGGCUAACACCAACCUGUCCAAGUUCCGCAAGGUGCAGCAUGAACUGGAUGAGGCAGAGGAGCGAGCGGACAUCGCCGAGUCCCAGGUCAACAAGCUGCGGGCCAAGAGCCGUGACAUCGGCACCAAGCAAAAACUGCACGAUGAGGAGUAAUGCUGCCGUCAGGACCUCGAUCAUGCUAACCUGUAAUAAAGCUGGUUGCCAGACUCUGA